GAUUAUAAUUUAGAAAGGAGGGAAAAACCCAAAACCCUAAUUAAACCCAGAACACUCACUCUUCGCCAUUCAUGUUGUCCUGACCUUUGAUGCUUUAAUUUAAAUGUAAUAAAAUUCUCUGCUUUUGUUUAUACUUUAUACCUCUUCAAUAAUAAUAAAUUAUUAUUAAUAAAAAGUUCAGAGAGGCCGAGAGGACGAGCCUGUCCAUGGCGAAGAUUCUUCGUGACGUUAAUUUUCACAAACGCGCUUCUUUAUUCGCCACUGAGGUAUUAAAAAGAGGGAUACUGGGGACUUCAUCUCAGCUUUGUUAUUUUUCUUCCAAAGGAAGAAGGAAAUCCAGGUCGGAUGGAAGUGACUCCGGUGAAGAAAAUAUGUCGAAGAGAGACAUAGCCCUCAAACAAGCUUUGGAUCAGAUUACUUCCUCAUUUGGAAAGGGAUCUAUAAUGUGGCUAGGACGGUCUGCAUCUCCUAAAGAUGUUCCAGUUGUGUCCACAGGUUCUUUUUCUCUGGAUCUGGCACUGGGAGUUGGCGGACUUCCAAAGGGACGUGUAGUGGAGAUAUAUGGUCCGGAGGCUUCUGGAAAAACAACGCUUGCUCUACAUGUGAUCGCUGAGGCACAGAAACAAGGAGGUUACUGUGUUUUUGUUGAUGCUGAGCAUGCUCUUGAUCCUUCCCUGGCACAGGCUAUUGGUGUAAACACUGAGAAUCUGCUUCUCUCACAACCUGAUUGCGGUGAACAAGCACUCAGCCUUGUAGACACUCUUAUCCGAAGUGGUUCAGUCGAUGUUGUUGUUGUUGACAGUGUAAGUAAGGUAGCUGCACUAGUGCCUAAAGGUGAACUUGAUGGUGAGAUGGGUGAUGCCCAUGUAGCUAUGCAGGCCAGAUUGAUGAGCCAAGCACUUCGCAAGUUGAGCCACUCUCUAUCUCUAUCACAGACAUUAUUGAUCUUUAUAAAUCAGGUGAGGUCGAAAAUUAGUACCUUUGGUGGAUUUGGUGGGCCCACUGAAGUUACUUGUGGUGGCAAUGCUUUGAAGUUCUAUGCUUCAGUGCGAUUAAAUAUAAGGCGAACAGGGUAUGUCAAGAAGGGUGAAGAGACUGUAGGUAGUCAAGUUCUAGUGAAGAUUGUAAAGAACAAACUUGCUCCUCCAUUUAAAACUGCUCAAUUUGAGCUGGAGUUUGGCAAGGGAAUAUGUCGAGCAUCAGAACUCAUCGAAUUGGGGUUAAAAUACAAAUUCCUUUCAAAGGCUGGGUCACAUUAUAAUUUAAAUGGCAGGAAUUUUCAUGGUAAAGAUGCUUUGAAAAGGUUUCUUUCAUGUGAUGAGAUUGCUUCAGAAGAACUGACCAUGAAGCUUAGGGAGAAGUUACUUAAUGCUGAGACAGAAAAGGUAGCAGAAGCAGAAUCUUCAGAUCUAGGCCCUGUAGAGGAAAUUGUUUCGGGUGAUUCUACAGAGGAGGAAGGCAUAACUGCAGUUGAAGCAUAAGUUUGCUUACUAUUCAAAAUGUAAAAUUCUCCUUUGUUUUACCAGUUGGGGCUUCUAUGUAAUAUCUACUGUGGCCUUAUAUUGGGAAACUCACAUAUGCAGAUGCAAUGGAGUACAGAAGAGGUAUUAGUCUGUGAUUAAGGUUUCAAAGAGCCUUCUAUAUCAUUGGGGUAUGUAUGGUAGUGAAGUUUUGGGGUUUCAAAACGAGCAGCUGAGAAGAAUGUUGGUCAUUGUCUAUAUUUUUUGAGGUCACCACAGGUGCUGUUUGGGCAAUGUUCAGCCACACUUCUUUGUAUGUUAUUGAGAUCAUGUUAUAUAUUGUACUGUUUCUUAUCAAUAUAGUUAUUAUUUGAGUCUUGCUACCA